UAUCGUAUAUAAUCAUACAGUCUAACGCGCUUCGAAACACGAUUCUCAGACGCGAAACUGCGUGCGGGCGUGUCGCUUCCUCUCAGUAGUGUUGCGAUAGUAUUACAGAAUAAUUUGAAGACGCUAAAUAAAAGGUGUUGUCAGAAUAAUGUGGUCUACGCAAUAGUAUAGUAAGAGUUGAAAUUCGACAGAAUCAAAAAAAUUUUGAAAAAAUGGCGUGUUUGUUACAAUCGGUGGUGCUCGUAGGCGUGUUCUUAUGGCUGGGCGUUGUCGGUCAAUACGAGUGGCAGCCUCGAGAUGCUUUCGACGAAAUACGAUUACGAAUGGACAAAGUGAACGGUGACAAUUGCGAAAUACAUCAUUUGUCGGAACUUUAUUUACCGGAGGACACCGUCUCUCAUUUGCCCGAUAUUAAGGAUGUCAACAUAAAUCCUGUUUUUCCAAACAGAACCGCGCUGCUUCAUCUUCACAACAUGGCCCUAAGCCGUUCAUUUUUUUGGAGUUACAUACUCCAAUCGCGUUUCAUAAGACCUGCGAUCAACGACACUUACGAUCCUGGCAUGAUGUAUUAUUUUCUCUCCUCCGUUGCGGAUGUGUCUGCCAACCCUCACAUCAAUGCUUCCGCCACGUAUUUUUCUCCGAACAUGUCUUAUACGCCUUCGUAUCGCGGCUUCUUCAACAAAACAAUGCCGAGAUUUGCCCCGAGAACUUUCAGGGCUGAUGACUUCAAUGAUCCUGUUCAUUUAGAAAGAAUUUCAACCAGAAAUACCUUCUACAUUCAAGAUCUUGGUGCUUUUCCUAGAGACAGUCCUAGCCUGGACUAUACCGAGGAUGAGUAUCGGAUCAAUGAAUGGUAUCGAAAAUGGUUGCCUGACUAUGUAGAUCGCAGACAUGAUACAAAAACAACAUAUCAAAUAGAAAUUCGUUAUGCCAAUAACACUAAUGAAACUUUUAAUUUCCACGGCCCACCAGCUGCCGAUGAGUACCCUGGUCCGGUAAAAUGGACGAGACCCUAUUUUGAUUGUAGACGUUCUAACCGAUGGAUGAUCGCCGCAGUUGUUCCCAUUGCGGAUAUUUAUCCAAGGCAUACAGGUUUCCGGCAUAUCGAAUACCCAACAUACACAGCAGUGACAGUGAUGGAAAUGGAUCUUGACAGAAUUGACAUUAAUCAGUGCCCGCGAGGGGAAGGAAAUAGCGGUCCAAAUCGAUUCGCUGAUACUGCAAGAUGUAAAAAAGAAACGACCGAGUGUGAACCUUUACACGGAUGGGGGUUACGAAGAGGUGGUUAUCAGUGCAGAUGUAGACCAUCAUUUAGGCUCCCCUCGUACGUAAGACGACCCUAUCUCGGCGAAAUAGUUGAGCGAGCUACGCAAGAACAAUAUUACAAUGGAUUUGAUUGCACGAAAAUUGGAUGGAUUCACAAAACGCCGGUUUUAUGGAACAAAGCACCGCUAUAUUUACGCGAGAAAUAUCUGGAAGCCUUCUACGAAUAUCGCAACUUUUCUAAGGGUCCGGAAUCUUUGCAAGAUGAAAAAAUGAACAUCGACGAAGCACUCAGAUUUAUACUUAGCAUAAACCCUAAAAAUUGUGCCAAAUAUUCGAAACAGAAUUUGACCCUUCACGGUGACAUAGGCUGGGGAGCUCCGGAGUUUUUCGAAAAUGAAGCUAAAAUGGCCACAAGAUUAGCCAAUUUCUUGAGCGCAUUUUUGCAAGUAUCUGAUCCCCAAGAAGUUUAUUCGGGCAAACGAGUUGCCGAUCGACCUUUGACCGAAGAUCAAGUAAUUGGUGAGACUCUGGCGCUUUUAUUCGGCGAUACGAAAAUUUGGUCCGCCGGUACAUACUGGGAACGCAAUAAAUUCACAAAUCGAACAUAUUUUGCUCCAUUCGCCUACAAGACUCAGUUGAAUACGAGAAAAUUCAAACUCGAAGACUUGGCGAGACUUGACGAGCCUGAACAAGUUUACACGAACAAGCCUUGGUUCCAAUUUUUGAAGCAACGUUGGGCUACGAAUUUUGAUGAAUUGGAAAAAUACUUUUUGAAAAUAAAUAUCCGGUUCAACGAGACUGGCGAACACAAGAAAAAAUAUGAACACUAUCCGACCCAUUACCGUGCGGCCAACCUGAAACACGGGCAUUGGACAACGCCGUAUUUUGAUUGCGAAGGCAAAGUCAAAAAGUGGGUAAUCACUUACGCUUCACCAUUUUUCGGUUGGGAUCGACUCAAAGAUAAGCUCGAAUUCAAGGGUGUCGUCGCCGUUACAAUGAAUUUACGAAAAUUGGACAUCAAUCAGUGCGAUGAUAAAUUUUAUGUGGCGAAUGCGUUCAAAAAUACUCACAAGUGUGACAGGAAAACUUCAUACUGUGUUCCAAUUUUGGGGCGAGGUUUCGAAACCGGUGGAUACAAAUGCGAAUGUAAACAAGGCUUCGAAUAUCCGUUUGAAGAUCCCAUCACGUAUUACGAUGGUCAAAUAGUCGAAGCUGAAUUCAACAACAUCGUCAACGACGUAGAAACUCGAUAUGACAUGUUCAAGUGCCGUCUAGCCGGCGCAACUUCCAUCCAAUCAAGCUGGAUACUCGUUUUUUCAGUUUUAGUUCUUUUCUACCGCUUUUAUGUACGCAGAUAAAUUCGUGCGUAUCCAAAUCUCAUAAGUUAUCCACCGAUAUACGUGGAAACUAUGCCUCGGGUUUUAAAUCAAGCCCGAGAAAAAACCGUCCAAGAAAAUAAUAAUUUUAAUUUGUAAGCUUGUACAAAAUUUAUAUUUAGCGAUAUUUCGUGGAUACGUAGGUACGGCAGAAUUUUAAGACCUUGCGAUACCACAAAAAUUUUUAAAACAUCAGGAGACGUAGAAAUUUUGAGAGAUUUAACAUUUCCAAAUGAGUUUGUUAAAAAAUAGACCAAUUGUCCGAAAAUUAAAUUUCGUAUAUUGUGCAUUUUAAUUCAAUUGGAAAUUAUUUGUCAAUUGAUGACAACUAUGACGCAAACGUUCAAAAUUUUCGUGUAAUGUAAUUUUUUUUGUACAAUUUGCCUAAAAAAUAUUCUAAACAUAUUUUUUAGGCAAUUUUCUAAGCAUAUUUUUUAGUUCGUAUUGGAAUUAUAGGAUUGAGAUCUUACAUGCACAUGUUCGUAAGUCUUUUGACAAACGUGACAAACAUUCCACCAUGGAAAUUACGAAGGCUGAAUACUCAAAAACCAUAAUGAAUCUGAAAAUCAAUCACUCAUUUCCCUCGAUUGAGAUACGAGCGCGAUAUUUUUUUUCUUUAUUAAAAAACCGUUCAACCAACUAUUUUUAAGAGAGCGGCUUCAUGGUUGAUCGAAAAAACCCAGAAGCUGCUAUUUUCAAUUGAUUUCCAAAACUUGGUUGGAAUCGCUAACCAAAUGUGUCACCACUGUUGUCACUAAGUGCCUUUACAAAAUGCGAUCAGAAGUGCUGUAUUUUAUUUAGCCUUCAAUUAUGAUAACGAGGUUACACCGAAAAAACUGAUUAAGAAAUUUAAUAAUAUAAAAUAUGAGAACUUUGUUUUACUAAUCUAAGGACAACACAUUCUGUAUGUUUCAAAGUGAACUUUCAAAAGUGCAUAGCGAUAGAAAUCGAUGCUGAAACCUAUUUUUCAAUCAUGAUUUUAGCCUCUAAUAGUAGUUGAGAUAUGUGAAGAUACUUCAUCACAUGCAUAUUCCGUCCAAAUAUUGUGUAUAACAUCUGUAUAUAUACAAUUACUGAACAUGUACAAAGUUCCGUGUGCUUUGUAUUUUUAUGUUUUUUUAUAUUUAAAGAAAUCUGUUAUGACAUUUACAAAAUUUUAUAAUCAAUUUGACUCAAUGGUUACAAACGACGAUACGAGAUGCAACGAGGAAGACAAAAACGAUCUUGUACUUUUAUAUUAUAUACAAAAUAAUAAAAUAUUCAAUCAA